AUUUGUAUUCUAGCGCUCAAUGAUGAGAGUGAGAUGAGAAAGACAGAAAGAGAGAGAGAGUAGUACAUCGGAAGACUCAGUGAGUUUACUGUUUCUCUGACUUUGAUGCAUGCAGGUUGAAGAGUGGAAGACGGUGAAAACUAAAAAUAAUAAAAUUAAAUAAAAUUCAGAGUAAAUGAAAAAAAGAAGAAUGUGAAGAGAGUGAUGUAGUGAGUAGUGAGUGUAAACAAGGUUUGGUCUUUGCUGCUGAUGUUCAUCACUGCAAGGUUUCCGCAUUUGGGUUUCUCUCCGAUUGAAAAAACUUUUUGAAUUUGAUGCAGCAAGGAAAUGAUGAUUUCAUCCUUUUAAGAGGAAUGUGACACUAGGAUAAUGCUGAAGAAGGGAAAAGGAUCAUAUUUGGAAGAUUUGUAAUCCUAUGGCUGAUUCUUCUUCCAAUUUCUCUUUACCUUGUGAUGCAUUAAGCCUAAGACAAAAGAGUUUCUCAAUUUUCCAUACCGGUGGUUCUAGGUUGGGGGUUGGUGCUAAAGGUUUGCCAGAUUCUGAAUCUGUUUGGAGCCCUACAUCUCCUCUGGAUUGCAGACUCUUCUCAAAUCUUAGCAACCCGUUUAGUGCCAAGUCUUCUAGGCCAUCAUUUCAAACUGGGCAUAAGAAGCAGUUUGAUGGCAGUAAAGUAGGCCUUGGCAUCAUAAGUUCCCUUGCUAAUGAAACCAAACUUAACAAUGACAUCCUUGCUAAAUUUAAGAGGAAAGGCAUAAUUUUUGGACCACAGGUGAAAACUGGCAUCCUUAAAUUCUCAAACAACAACCAGGAAUCCCUUGUGCCUUAUUUGAAAUCUAAUUCCUUGCCAAAAAACUAUGUAAUUUCACUUCCUUCUGAAACCACAAUUCCCAAAUCUGAACUGGAAAACUUUGAUGAUGUCUCUGGAAAGAAAGAUGACUAUUGGGAAUGCGAAGCUUUCAAAAGUACCAUAACUUCUUUGCCUGAUUCCUUUAGCCCUUCCUCAUUGAUCAACUCAACUCAAAACUCCAAUUUGGGAAUCAAUGAAUUAGGUGUUGGAAAUAAUGCAUCUGUAUUAAUGAGUUUGCCUCAAGUGACAAGCAAAGUUUCACAGGUAGGUAAUUCUUUGAAAAUUAAAUCAAAUUCACUUCCAAUAUCCAUUGAUUUUAGCAAAGGGUGUAUAGGCUCACUCUCUGCGAGAGAGAUAGAGCUUUCUGAGGAUUAUACCUGUAUAAUUUCUCAUGGUCCAAACCCUAAGAGAACACACAUUUUUGGUGACUGCAUUUUGGAAUGUCACAACCAUGACUUCACUGAGUUCAGCAAGAAGGAAGAACCUGCUUUCAGCUAUUCUCAAGUUCCUUCAUUUUCAGAUGGAUCAGCCCCUUAUCCUUCUGACAAUGUUUUGAGCUUUUGUUACUCAUGUAAUAAGAAAUUAGUGAAGGAGGAAGACAUUUAUAGAUACAGAGGUGAGAAAGCAUUUUGCAGUUUUGAAUGUGGAUCAGAGGAAAUUUUGACAGGGGAGGAAUUGGAGAAAACUUGUACUAACUCAGCAGAGAGCUCUCCUGACUCAAGUUACCAUGAUCUCUUCCUCACGGGUCUGCUUUUGUCCAAAUAACAUGCUUUCUUUUUACUUCGUUGAGAGAUACUGUGAAUAAUUUUGUUUACAAACAGCUUCCUAUGUGGAUUUGUUUGUGCUAUGGAUGGUUGCAAUGCAAAAUUAUGUAGUGUGCUGGUUGUCAACAAGAACCAUAUUUCAUGGUUCAGUGAGUUAUUAUUGCCGGAAUAGGCAGAGUUUUCUCCCUUCUGGUAACUCUUGAACAUAUAUAUGCAUUGUAAUUAUCACUGGAUGAGUUGAUUAAAGAGGCUACAGCAGGCCCUUGCUUCUCAUCAUUUUCUUUUUACUUGCCUAUCAUUGCCUUCUACAGUUCUACCUUUGCUUAAAAGUUAAUAAUAAUCAUACUCCCUA